CGAAGAACGUUCCCUCUCUUCUCUGAAAAUCUUUUGGAUCCAUUUCGCCAUUUUUGAAUCUCUCUCUCUCUCUCUCUAUCUCUGUUUGGCUUUCUGGGUUUCUUUUCAUCUUCUUAUUAUCAUUAUUCUUCCCUUAGGUUUCUCAUUCUCUUCUUAGGAUAUUAGUUCUUUUGGGGUGCUCAAGUGAUGACGACGAGUUUGGAUCGGUGGGAGAAAGAUCCUUUCUUUCCCGCUGCUGAAGAGGUUCAGGAAUCCGCCGACAGGAUGGAGUCGGCGUACAGGACAUGGAUCAAUGGGAAACGGGACUCUUCUAAAGUUUGGGAUUCUGAGCAGCUUCAUAGGGACCUUCACGCUGCAUUAGGAACCACCAAAUGGCAGUUAGAUGAAUUCCAGAAAGCUGUCAAAUCUAGCUAUGACAACCGUUUGAGUGCUGAUACUAGAGAUAGGCAUCGGGAGUUUACAUUCGCUAUGGAAGCUCAGGUUUCGAAAAUCGAGAAGUCUCUCAAGGAAGCUGCGCAAUCCGAUGGCAAAGGAACUCCCAGAUGGGUUCGUUUGGAUGAAGAUGAUCGUAAUGAGCUUGCCCUCUUCUUGACUGGACCAUCUGAUUCUCUCAAAGUUAAUCAGCCGAAUGGGCAUAGAAGGGCGGCAAGUGCUGCUGAAUUCAGUGUUUGGAACGUUGCGGUCUCUGACGAUGGUUUGUUGAAGAAAUCUUCUGAUGAGCCUGUGGUUAAACCUCCUAGGAAAGUUCCUAGCUUCUCUGGGUUCCUAAAUUAUAUGGAACCUGGCUCCAAACAUUGCAUUAGAAAGUGGAAGGCUUUAGAUCGUCAAGGAGACUCUGAUGCUGCGUUAUUACCUAUCCAAGCAAACCAACAAGACGUGAAUGGAGGUUUAGAGAGAGGAAAAGGUUGUAUGGAGUGUGAGGAGGACUGUUAUGAAAAGCAGCUAAAUGGUUGGUAUGGAGCUCUACAGAGGCAACUUCAACGGUCUCAGUAUCGGAUGCGAUAUAGUAAAUCGGUUCAUGCUGCAAUUUGGAUUCUUCUUUUAGUUUUUCUUAUCGUGGUAGUCGCAGUGCAUUCAAUGUAGACGAGUGGUACGGUAGAGCACGUCCGAGUUCAAUCAUCUCGUGUGUAACGGGAAUGAGACGAAUUGGCAAUCUUCAUUUGUUACUGUACAGUUAAUUCCACUGUUAUUGGUUGUUUUGUAAUGUAGAAACAAUUUUUGGGUUCGAUUAUUUGAAAUGGGUUGUCAUUGAGGUAGCAAGAAACUGAGUAAAAAUUGUAGAGUUUGUUGGGAUGACAAACCCAAGACUGAAAGUUUGUGAACACUGAAAAUUUCAAUGAAUAUAAUAAGAUGGAUUCGAACUA